CAAAAUUGAGCUGCAGCAGCACUACAAUGAGAGCAAACUCUAACUUACCAAGAGUGCAAGCUCUACAUUUUUUUUGUCUCAAAUUACUUGCUAAAGUAACACUUGCAGAUCUACGGGUUUAGGAGUCAAAAAAAUUUAGGAAAAUUCUCCAAAAUGAAUAUCAGCAUUGUUAAUCCCACCUCAAAUUCAUCUCAUGUCCCUUCAAUUUUCCAAAACCCAUCUUUUUUACCCAGAUUUUCAUGGUUAACCCCCAAAAUUCCCUCAAAAAAUCACCCAAAAAUUCACUCAAUAGUUGCUUCCUCAGUUAACAGCAGCAGCAACAACAAUCAAAACACAACCACAAGCAGGAAAGAUAAUCGGUGGUCUCUUUAUGGAAUGACGGCUUUAGUCACCGGCGGCACGCGUGGAAUUGGGCAUGCAAUUGUUGAAGAAUUGGUGGGUUUUGGAGCAAUUGUGCAUACUUGUGCUAGAAAUGAAGUGGAGCUUUAUAAUUGCUUGAAAACUUGGCAAAAUCAAGGGUUUAAUGUUAGUGGGUCAGUUUGUGAUAUUUCUUCUUGGGAGCAAAGGGAGAAGCUUAUGGAUUCUGUUUCUUCUGUUUUUAAUGGCAAGCUUAACAUUCUUGUCAACAAUGUUGGCACAAAUAUACGGAAACCAAUUGUUUGCUUAACUCCUCAAGAAUAUUCAACAUUGAUGACUACAAAUUUUGAGUCUGCUUUCCAUUUGAGCCAGCUGGGUCAUCCUCUCCUAAAAGCUUCUGGGUGUGGCAGUGUUAUAUUUGUCUCUUCUGUCUCUGGUUUUGUUUCCUUGAAAUCAAUGGCUCUUCAAGGAGCAACUAAAGGAGCAAUUAAUCAGCUGACUCGAAAUUUGGCCUGUGAAUGGGCAAAAGACAAUAUAAGGAGCAAUGCUGUUGCACCUUGGUACAUCAAAACCACUAUGGUAGAAAAGGUUUUAAGUAACGAAGAGUAUCUCAAAGAAGUUUAUUCCUGUACACCACUUUGUCGUCUUGGAGAUCCAACAGAAGUCUCAUCUUUGGUUGCAUUCCUCUGCCUCCCUGCAUCUGCUUACAUUACCGGUCAAAUUAUUUGUGUUGAUGGCGGAAUGUCUAUCAAUGGUUUCUAUCCCAGAAUUGAUUUCCAAUAGCUAGUAAGCUCACUUCCUCUGUUAAAUUAUGUGCAAUUGGUCUUUACCUUAUUUAUGUCUGCUUGUUAAAUUAAUAUUAGCGUAGCUUGUCUGUUCACUGACUUCACUCUAUUUCCUCUUCAACUACCAUGCUGUCCCUUAACAAAUGGAAACUUCUUUCUUUUGAUUAAGUUUUUGGUGUCCACCUCAUUUAAUAUUCCUCUUCUCUCUCUCUCUCUCUCUAUUGGGGGGGGGGGUGUGGGUGUUGUAGGGUAGACAAGGCAGUAGGCUGGUGUUGAAUUCUUAAGAUAGUUUCAAAAUAGAGAUAAAAUAAGUUCAUCAGGAAGGAACCUAUGAUUUCUUCUUAUUGUUUUCUGUUUUGAGGUUUUAAACAACGGCAAUUUCAUGAAAUGCCACUCAGCACUUAAAAAAUUCAUGAACUGCCAUCGUGUUGUCCAGAAUUCACCAAAUGCCACUGACAAGCAGUAAAAUGUCAUGUCAUGCCAUUAAUGAGGUAUGGCCGUUAAGUGCUCAGUUACUGGGAAUUGACGUUUUUGCCCUUAUUGUGUUUAAUGGCGCCAUUACUCCCUGAACUAACCCAAUAACUUUAAAAAUUAGAAGUUCAGGAGUCGAAGUCGCCAUUCUGUCACCCUUCUCUGUUCUUCAUGCAUAGUCUUCAUCGGUCAACCCUAGAAUUCGAUCAAGAUCGAAGCUUUUUGUAAUUCUGAACUUUGAUCAAGGUGGUAUUAGUAUCACGAAGUAGUAACUGCAGUUGUAUUUGGGAGAAUUGAAGUUGUUAUUCGCAAGGAGGGGCAGCAGAGGUAGUCAGUCGAAGUUUGAAAAGUGUUGUUACGCUCCCAAAACUAGCACGCAAGGUAACAUUUUUUCCAUUAAUCUUCAAAUAGAGUACCGAUUUUGUCAAUUUUUCCUGAUAUGCGAAUUAGGGUUAGAGAAAGGUUGUUUGAGUUAAAUGUUAGUGAUGUUAUGUUUAAAAUCAUGUUGUUUUACUGAAUUAUGGGUUUGAUUUUGGCAAAUGUGUUUAAAAUCAUGUUGUUUUACUGAAUUAUGGGUUUGAUUGUGGCAAAUGUGUUUAAAAUCUUGUUGUUUUACUGAAUUAUGGGUUUGAUUCGUUCAAAUUAGAUUUUGUGCAGAGUUAGAAUAUUAUGUGGUUUAGCAUGUGUGUGUGUGUGUGGAUGUGAAGGAGAUGCUGGUUUUGAUGUCUUAAUUAAUGAUACAGACCGGACUAGUUUAUUGGAUUUGUUUGAGUAUAUGUUCGAGGACUCUGUAAAGCAAAAUGUGUGGCUCCCUCAGUACUUUGCUUUGCUUGUUAACAAACCUAGAACUAAUAGGAAACUGGAGUUAUGUGUUGAUGGUGAUAUGUUGAAAAUGUGGGAGUGGAAUGUGGGUAAGGAAACAAUAGAUGUAUGGUUGGAGGAAAGGGAAAGUCCUGGUUUGGUGUUUAAGGAUGCUGAAGCUAGUUGGUAUAGAAGGUUAAAACAGAAAGCUGAGAGGGAUAGGUUAGAGAAUGAAAAAAAGAAGAGGUUAGCCGAAGAAGAGGAAGCUCAUAGGGAGCUAGAUGAACAACCUUUCACUGUUGCUAUAGAGAUUCCUAUAGAGAUUCCUGAUGUAGAUGAUGAGGACUCAGGAGUUGAUUAUGUUAGAGUGUUUCAAACUCGGAUGAGGUUUUCCCAGGCCCAUCCCAGCCACAACCACAGGCAGAACAUGGUUCCUAGCCAUCUAACUCCACCAAAACAUCAUCAAACCCUUCUCCUGCUAACCACCCCAUAACUAAAAAUGUUAGGAAGAAAUAACACCUAAGAAAAGGAAAACAACAGCCCCACGACAUGUACCACAACCCUCUUCAAACACAGCAACAUCCCCACCACAUACACCACAACACUCUCCAAUCCAAGCAACAUCUCCACUAGCAACACCACCACAUUCUACAACCCAACCAACACCCCCACCCCAAACAGUACCAUCAUCUAGUGCAGCCCCUAGGAAGGGGUCUAGAUCUAGACCCCUUGGUUUCAGAACAAAAAAGAGUGCUGGGAAAAAGACUGGUGAGGGAAGUCAAGAACACAGUGUGAGUAAAAGGAGAUCAGGGAGAAAUAGGAGGUCACCAGCUAGGGGUGAGACCAGUGAUGAUAAUACUGAGGAUGAUAGAUGGGAUAGUGAUGAUGAUGAUUACAUAGAAUCUGGGAGUGAGCUAGAUGAUGAUGUUGAUCUUGCUGACUUCAUAGAGGAAGAGGUUGAUUGUUUAUAUGAUGACAGAAGCAGUUUGAGGAUUACCUUGAUGGGAGUUCAACUAUGGACAAGACUUAUAAGAAUGGCAAAGUCUGGACUCUCCAAGAAUUUGGAGCCAUUACACUAGAGCUCUGGUUGAUCUUGUGGAGAAGAGUGACCCACUGAGUUAUAUUGCAAGAUGUGCUAUUGAGUCAAUUGGAGAAUUCAUGCUUCUUCAAUGAUUGACAAAGUCAGGUGGGCAAUCAAGACACUAACAGGGGAGCAUGAACAACUGUGGCAGGCUGGAGAGUAACCCUGUUGUGAGUUCUGCUUGGCUGUGUAGACAUAUCCAAUCAGAUAUUCAAAACUCAAAACAACCUGACAUCUCAAUGGAGUCUUUAAAGAGAAUUUGUUUGGAAAGGUACAGAGUUUAAGUUAAAAAAGGCUCUCUUAUAAGGUCAAGGCUAUGACCAAAGAGAUGCUAUAUGGUGGUUUUGGAGAGGCAUACUCCCUGUGCUGAGAUGGUCAAACAAACCAACCCAGGGAGUUAUGCCUUAGUUACAUGAACAUAAGCAUCUGCAAAUGUGCAACCAAGAUUUAAGGCUUGUUUUUUCUCAUUUGUUGCCCAAGUUAGAGGCUUUUUGUCAGGCUGCAGACCUUUUAUAGGCAUUGAUGGGGCCCAUCUCAGUGGAUAUCAUAAGGGCAUCUUGUUAACAGCAGUUGGGAUCGAUGGGAACAAUGAGAUAUUUGUCAUUGCUUAUGGCAUUGUUGACACAGAGAGUUAUGAUAGUUGGGGGUAUUUUAUGAGGAAUUUGAAAUGUCUAUUUCAAAAGGCUGCAGACCUUUUAUAGGCAUUGAUGGGGCUGCAGACCUUUUAUAGGCAUUGAUGGGGCCCAUCUCAGUGGAUAUCAUAAGGGCAUCUUGUUAACAGCAGUUGGGAUCGAUGGGAACAAUGAGAUAUUUGUCAUUGCUUAUGGCAUUGUUGACACAGAGAGUUAUGAUAGUUGGGGGUAUUUUAUGAGGAAUUUGAAAUGUCUAUUUCAAAAGGAGGGCUGCAACAGAGAUGAUUGGACCUUUAUUUCUGAUAGGAUGAAGGUGAGCUACAUAUCACUGCAACUAAGAUUAUGUUUUAAAAAUGACAUGCACAUUUUGUUUAAUAAAGAGGUCUGACUGUACAUGCAGGGGGUUUCAUGACACAUUCCCUAGAGCAAGCAGAAGGAUAUGCUGUCAACUGUAAGACUAAUGGAUUUGGUGGAACAACUUUUCACAAGCUCUUCUGGAUUGCAGCAGAUGCUUACAAUCCAUAUGUCUUUAACAAAAGUAUGGGGAAGAUUCAAGGCCACAAUGCAAAAGCUAUCGAGUACUUGAACAAUACCACUGAUACAUCACUGCGUUGUGAUCACAAUACAACCAAUUUUGUUGAAUCAUUCAAUUCCUGCACCAAGCCAUAGAGGGAUCUACCUGUUCUAAAAUUGCUUGAAGGUAAUUAAAUGCUUUGUUGUCUACCAGCAUCAAUUUGACAAUGCUUCCGUUGUGGUGCUGACCUUCAAAUGGUUUCCACUUUUCGGGUAUAAGGCAAUGGUGCAUGAAUAGGAUGGCUCCAAGGUUUGAUAAAGCAUCAUCCCUGGGUGAUUUGGACCUCACUAAGUAUGCAACCAAGAUCCUGCAGCAGAGAUCUGAUAAGUCCAGGUUAUGCUAUGCAAUUCCUGUAGUGGUGAUGAGUAUGAGGUCAGGGACCAACAUGUACAUUUUCCUGUGAAGCUAGGGAUUGGAACUUGUGGUUGUGGGAAGUGGCAGCAUUUAGAGGCUUCAACCUAAAGAUUUUGUAUCUCCUUAUUUCACAGGGAGGGCAUACAAAAGCACUUAUGCUGAGCAUAUGCUGCCACCUGCAGUGAUAAGAUCUCCAGGUAGACCAAAGAGAAAAAGAGGGCAAAAUGAAGGAAGGAAAGGGAAGAUGCAUGCCACAGUUAAGUGCAGCUUAUGCAAGGAGUUGGGCCACAACAUGUUGACCUGUGCAGCAAAGAAAAAGAAUGCAGCAACUGAAGCAAGCUCUUCAAACAACAACAAGAAAGCAAAGAAAGCUGCAUGAACACCAAACCCCUCUCCUUUUGAGUUCCCAGCAGACUUGUUUAUGAACUAUAAGAGGACAGCGAUUCAAGAGACGAGGGUAUUCAUCAAUUUCAAAUCUCACUCGUGAUCGUAGUUCUACAGAAUUAGAAUUGUUAUUUGAUUCAAUUUUCAUUGUAUUUAUCGUUUCUGAUCUCUUUUGUAGAAGUCGUAUGACUUCUUAUUAAUGAAUUGAUCUUCCCUUCAAAAAAAAAAAAAAAAAAAAAAAAACCUGGCUUGGAUUAUCAGGAGCUUCGAGCUUGUUCUAAUAAGUUGUAUGUAAUCAUGUACUCUCUCGGAAGAAUAUUUAUUGUCACAUUAUCCCGCCUCUUCAUCUAUUUCAAUUUCACUCCGUUGAACCUCCUCUCUA